AUGGCUCCAUCCCACGAAGAGCGCAUCAAAUCGUUAAAAGCCAAACGCGAAGCAUUUCGCAUUGAAUUGCACGAAUUCAAGGACAUGGUCUUUGAAAUUGGUCUUCGCCUCGAAGACAUACAAACAGAGUACGCCUCAUUCGCCAAAAAUCAACAAGAGUUAGAUACUAUUGACGACACCGGAGAGCUACUACAUGAUCGAAUGAAGCUAAAAUCAUUUUACACACAAGUGCGGGCACAAGCAUUAGAUUUACUUCCAGGAAAUAACCUCGCGAAUACAAAUACGCCCGCACAAAACAGUGACGGGCAACCCAAUCAGUCUUCACCUUACUAUCAAACCGAAUCAACAGACAUAGACGUACAAUUACCGAAAAUUAAUCUACCGACAUUUUCCGGCAAUUAUGAAGAUUGGCCCGGCUUUGCGGACCAAUUUAGAUCAGCAGUACAUGAUAACGUCAGAAUUAGUGAUUGUAAAAAAUUAACCUAUCUCCGAUCGUGUUUAAAAGGAGAAGCAUUGAAGGGUAUAGAGUCGCUCACUAAUUCCGCAGCGAACUAUGGAAUUGCAUGGACCCUGUUAGAGAAACAAUAUAAUCAACCCGCAGUCAUCGUCUCCAAACAUUUAAAAGCAUUGUUCGAUCUCCCAAGCGUUACACGACCCGCGCAUCGAGAACUCAGGUCAUUUUUAUGCAAUGUCGAAGCGCAUUAUCGCUCGCUUCAGCCGUUGAAACAACCCACUCCUGAUACACUUCUAAUUCAUCUCCUGUUGACAAAGCUAGAUAAAGAUACAGCAUUGAAAUGGCGUGAAUACACACGAAAGGAUAGUUUUCCUACAUUAAACACAUUUUUUGAAUUUCUGCAUGAAAGAUGCCAGGUAUUGGAACCAUUAGCGAACCAUUACCUACCACACCCUAACCCCACUACUUCGGCAUACACACCGCGUGGUCAAAUCGCGCCGCGUCACCAAACCCUUCAACGAGGAACUCCACGACCGAGUUUCCGCGACCACCGCCAAAUGGCACCUCAGGUAUACAGUUUUUGUAAGGGAGCACACUUCGCCCAACAGUGCGAAACUUUCAAUAGACUUUCCAUACCAGACCGCCAUAAACUUGUCCAAUCUAAAAGGCUUUGUUCCAACUGCCUUCGCCCCAAUCAUAAUGCCAGUGAUUGUCGGUCCACAACGUGUAAACGAUGUCACAAAAAACAUCAUACAUUGUUGCAUACGGAUGAUGUGACAAAUUCUCCUACUGAUAUGCAAUCACACAUCACCUGCUUAAAUUCACAUCUCUCGUCGGAAAUUCUUUUAGCUACUGCCGUAAUAGAAAUUCUAGAUACUUCCGGACAAACACAUCUCUGUCGAGUGUUACUUGAUUCAUGUUCUCACGCAAACUUUCUGAACUACAAAUUCUGCAACAAGCUCGGUCUAACACUCCAACGGGCUACAAUUCCCCUUAGCGGUGCCAAUAACAUGUCUUCGACAAUUACCAGGCAAACGAAUGCAACAUUCAAAUCACAAUACAAUGGGUAUUCUCAGACACUUACUUUUUUGAUAGUGGAUCGCGUAUCACAAAGGGUGCCGAGUAGCCCGAUAGACCAUAAGACACUACAAAUUCCGCAGAAUUUGCCCUUAGCCGAUCCAAGGUUUUACGAAUCUGCUGAAAUUGACGGUCUCUUGGGCGCACAAGUCUUUUGGGAUUUGCUCUCAGUAGGAUGCAUCAAGCUAGCCAAGGAUGGCACAAAAUUACAUAAAACAAAAUUAGGAUGGGUCUUCGUAGGCGAAUUAGUAAACCCUUGUAAUAGAACAGGAAUCAUCUGUAAUGUCGUGACAAAUUCAUUGGAACAGCAGAUUUCAAGGUUUUGGGAAUUGGAAGAACGAUCCGUAAAAAGGCAUCUGUCCCCCGAAGAACGCGCGUGUGAAAGUCAUUACCUGCAACAUACCCGACGCGACGCAGGUAGCGGUCGAUAUUCUGUUAAGCUGCCAUUCAAGGAGAAUAUAACGCAAUUAGGAGAGUCAUAUCCUAUGGCAUUCAAACGUUUUCUCGCCCUGGAAAGGCAAUUAGAUCGGAAUCCCCAAAUGAAAGAACAAUAUUCUGCAUUCCUCAAAGAAUAUCAACAAUUAGGGCACAUGACGAUAAGUAGCUCUAAAUCACUCGAUGGCUAUUUCGUACCGCACCAUGCAGUCACGAAAGUCGACAGUCUCACCACUAAAAUUCGCGUGGUAUUUGACGCGUCCGCCAAAACAUCAUCCGGAAUAUCAUUAAAUGAUGCAUUAAUGGUAGGUCCCACGGUCCAAGAUGACCUUUUCACCUUGAUAUCCCGGUUUCGAACUCACCCAUAUGUUAUCACAGCUGACAUCACAAAGAUGUAUCGGCAGAUAGAUUUAUCCUCGGAAGACCGGAAGUAUCACAAAAUCCUUUGGCGAGAACAUCACAGUCAACCUCUGCAAACAUUCUUUCUCAACACCGUGACCUACGGUACCGCGUCUGCACCUUUCUUGGCCACUCGUACCUUGCAACAACUCGCAAGAGACGAGGGAUCUAAUCACUCGAUCGCAGCCGAAGUAUUGCAAAACGACCUUUAUGUCGACGACGUAUUAACAGGGGCAUCCACGUUUAAAGAGGCCGAAUUUCUUCGCGACGAACUCAUCCUACUCACCGCGAAAGGAGGCUUUCAGUUACGCCAGUGGGCCUCCAAUGAUUCGCGAUUGAUCGAGCCAUUAAAAAAUACACAUGACGAACACAUGACACUUGAUCUCACUGACAAAAAGAAAACGUUAGGAUUAUUUUGGCAACCACAAACCGACACAAUAGGAUACAAAGUCAAGGAACACGAUACACAUACAAAAUUAACAAAACGUAACAUCCUGUCACGGAUUGCGCAACUGUUCGAUCCGCUAGGACUGUUAGGCCCAAUCAUAGUAAGGGCUAAACUCGUUAUGCAGGAACUUUGGAAACUGCACCUCCAUUGGGACGAGUCAGUACCUUUCGACAUCCAUACAAUAUGGACUGAAUUCCAACUUCAGCUACCACUGAUUGAACACUUCACAAUUCCACGGGCAAUUACAAACAAACACGCGACCUCAAUAGAUUUACACGGCUUUUCUGAUGCUAGCGAAAGGGCUUACGGAGCAUGCUUGUAUCUUCGGACCAUAGACGUUCACGGCAAUUGUUAUAUUAGAAUCAUAUGUUCCAAAUCUCGAGUAGCUCCAGUAAAGACGCAGUCUUUACCCCGUUUGGAACUUUGUGGAGCUCUACUGUUAGCAAACUUGUGUGAAUCCGUCACGCAAGCAAUAAAGGUUAAACUCACGAACAUCACCUUCUGGACAGAUUCGAUGAUUACUCUGCAUUGGAUCCGAACACCUCCACAUAUGCUUAAGCAAUUCGUUGCAAAUCGUGUAAGCGAGAUACAACAGAUUAGCAAUAUUGAACAAUGGCGACACGUUCCAUCCGCUGACAAUCCAGCCGACAUUUUAUCUCGGGGUAUCAAUCCUGCUGAUUUCUUAAAAUCAAAAAUUUGGACCAACGGCCCAACCUGGUUACGUAAUGACGCCACACAUUGGCCGACGACCAUUUUAUCAUCCGUCCAAGUACCCGAACAACGACCUGCAACGGUACUGAACGUGACAAUUAAACCCAAGCCACAUUACGAAAUCCUCAGGAGAUUUUCAACAUUCACCACCUUGAUUCGGGUCUUAGCCUAUUGUUAUAGAUUCCGAAAUAACAGUCUAGAAAAAACUAAAAAUACCGGUCAACUAAACAUCGAAGAAUUACAGCACGCCCAACAUACAGUAAUCAAACUAACACAAAUGGAAGAAUUCCAAUCCGAAUUUAACCACCUAAAGGACAGGACAGGUAGUGAGUAUAAGGGUCGCCUUAUUGCACUAAAGCCAUUUAUAGAUUCGACGGGUCUUAUUCGAGUAGGAGGUAGACUGACGAAUUCUAAUUUAAAGUACGACCAUAAACACCAAAUAGUACUACCAGACAAUCACCCAGUCACAGACCUGCUGAUUCGACAACAUCACCUUUCUCACGGUCAUGCCGGAGCGCAAGCCACACUGAAUGCAGUGCGUCAAAAAUAUUGGCCGAUUAACGGAAGGGUUCGAACAAAAGCAAUCAUACAUAAAUGUCUAACCUGCUGCCGCGCGCGACCGAUCAUACCCGAUUACCAAAUGGGCACGCUUCCCAAAAACAGAGUCACCUUCACGCGACCUUUCUUGACAACAGGAGUUGAUUACUGCGGACCAUUCCAUAUAAAGGAGAAAAAACUCCGUAAUACAAGAAAAAUUAAAUGUUACGUAGCAGUAUUUGUUUGUCUUGCCACGAAGGCAAUUCAUUUAGAAGUAGUGAGCGAUUUAACUACCGAUGCCUUCAUUGCAGCGUUACGACGCUUUUUUGCACGACGAGGAAAAUCGACUGACAUAUACUCAGACAACGCAACAAAUUUUGUAGGAGCAAAUCGCGAGAUACGGGAAAUCUACAAAUUAACACGCUCAGAGACACAUAAUGAAAUCAUAACUCGACAUUUAGCCAAUGAGAACAUUAACUGGCACUUUAUUCCACCCAGAGCGCCCCACUUCGGUGGCCUAUGGGAGGCAGCGGUGAAAUCGUUAAAACAUCACACAACUAGAAUAUUGAAAAAUACGCUCUUCACAUAUGAAGCAUUUACCACUUGUCUAGCCGAAAUAGAAGCCAUCCUAAACUCGAGACCCAUCACCUCCUUAUCCUCUGAUCCAACCGACUUAAUUGCUCUCACACCAGGUCAUUUUUUAAUCGGUGAUUCAAUAACGAGUAUUCCCGAGCGAGACUUUACAGCAACCAACACAGGCAGACUCUCCAGCUGGCAACAAAUCCAGCAAGUACGACAACAUUUCUGGUCUCGCUGGCAUCACGAAUAUUUAAACGAAUUAACAGUCCGUCAAAAAUGGCACCGACACCGAGAUGCCGAUAUUCGAGAGGGGAUGUUGGUGAUAUUAAAGGAGGAUCAUUUGCCACCUUUGUGUUGGCCUCUUGGUCGCAUCAUCACCAUCCACCCAGGAGAGGAUGGCACGGUUCGUGUAGUGACUGUGAAAACUGCACACGGAACCUACAAGCGAGCGACAAAAAGGAUCGCUCCACUUCCCAUCAACGUAGAAUAA